AUGUCGUCGACUCCAACAUUCAAGGGCACGGUCAACCACAGGACUGUCGGACGAGGCAGGUUGCCUGAUUUCGAGGGCAGCUCAGCAUCUCACAUUCCUCGACCCCGUCCCGAAUCCUCCUCGACCAUUACAUCCCAUAACACACCAUCCAGCGAUAUCGGCAGUUCCACAAUGAGUGCUGCAAGCAGUCGACAGAGGCAGAAUCAGUCGAAGCGAGAUGAGGCGAUUCGACGGAAAAUGGAAGCGGACCUCAACAAGAAGAGACAAACCCCAGCGAGAGCGAAUCGUAGCCGUAAAGCUCCUCCCGGCACCGUUCUCGCAUUGAAACCCAGCCAGGCGCUUCAAAUCAAGCCCUCGACUACUAUUGCAGAGGCCGCACAACUGAUGGCGGCAAAGAGGGAAGACUGUGUUUUGGUGACGGAUGAUGACGAUCGGAUUGCCGGAAUCUUCACCGCAAAAGACCUUGCAUUUCGGGUGGUAGGAGCUGGCCUCAAGGCUCGAGAAAUCACAGUUGCCGAGAUCAUGACCAAGAACCCCCUGUGCGCGAGAACCGAUACCAGCGCUACGGAUGCUCUCGAUCUGAUGGUUCGCAAAGGAUUCCGGCAUCUACCUGUUAUGGACGAAAAUCAGGAUAUCUCGGGUGUGUUAGAUAUUACCAAGUGCUUCUACGAUGCUAUGGAGAAACUGGAGCGCGCAUACAGCUCAUCCCGAAAGCUGUAUGACGCGCUGGAGGGUGUGCAAUCCGAGCUCGGCUCUAGCCAGCCUCAACAAAUUAUCCAGUACGUGGAGGCUCUCCGUUCAAAGAUGUCGGGUCCGACACUCGAGACUGUCUUGGAUGGGCUGCCUCCGACCACAGUCUCUGUCCGGACCACCGUCAGAGAUGCUGCUGCGAUGAUGAAGGAACACCACACGACUGCUUUGCUUGUGCAGGACCAAGGGUCAAUCACGGGUAUUUUCACUAGCAAGGAUAUUGUUCUCCGUGUCAUUGCUCCGGGUCUCGACCCCGCAACUUGCAGCGUCGUCCGGGUUAUGACCCCUCACCCCGAUUUCGCGCCGAGCGAUAUGAGCAUCCAGGCCGCUCUCCGAAAGAUGCACGAUGGUCACUACUUGAACCUUCCCGUGAUGAACGAGGGCGGCGAGAUCGUUGGAAUGGUGGAUGUGCUUAAACUCACAUAUGCCACCCUGGAGCAGAUCAACUCCAUGCAAACCCACGAUGACGAGGGCCCAGCGUGGAACAAAUUCUGGCUGUCAAUGGACCACGAGUCUGACUCCAUGGUUUCUGGCAGCGCUGCCCAUCAGCCCCACACCCCGCAUAGGUCGAUUGUUAGCCCCGAAUCGCCAAAGGCUAGCUUCGAUGCCCGAGAUAGUGUGCUUCCGAAUGAGUCUGCUUCUCAUCACGGCGGAGACGAGCACUCCGAGUUCAUCCACGGCGAGCCCAUUCCGUUCCCCUUCAAGUUCAAGGCGCCCAGCGGCCGGGUGCACCGAGUCAACAUCCUUCCUACUGCUGGUGUCGCUGAAUUAGUCGCGCAAGUUACCGCAAAGCUGGGUCCCGAGGUGGAAGCCGUUGGUGGGGCGGCUACAUGUGAAGAUGGCACGCUCAGCAACACGGGCUACGCUCUAAGCUACGUGGACAAUGAGGGAGAUACAGUAUCUAUCACCACCGACCAGGACCUAGCCGACGCUGUGACCAUCGCGCGCCAGGCUCGGAAGGACAAGGUAGACCUGUUCGUCCACGAUCCAUCUUUGCCUCCAGUCCUGCCUACCCCAGUUGAGCCUGCUCCUAUCAAGCCGGUUGAGGUCAAGACUCCAGUCUCCGAAGACCAACUGUCGGAAGAGCCACUCGUAGCUAAACCCCGGACGCCCCAGUCAUACCCCGCCCAUCCUCCCGAGGAGCAGUUCAUUGCCGGUGUUCCAAAUGAGCUACUGCUCCCUGGAGCAAUUGUCACCUUAGCCGCUGUUAUCGCAGGAGUCUUUAUCCUCAGCCGCUCGACCUCGCGGUGA